AUGGCCCGAAUGGCACUAGCAACACAUGGAGUCGUCGUAGCUCCUGCGAUUUCUCCUUUCGAAGAGAACGAGGUCCGCAGUCGAAUGGAGCGGCUGAAACAAGUCUCACGCGACCAGGACGAGGCUGUGCGGCGGGAACAAUUCCUGGCCAGCUACGAAGAUGCCCGACAAGGUGUCCAGGAGCGUAUGCGCUCUCUCAUGGCCCAGCUCCGCACCGAGAUGCUGCGCAGCCCUGCGGCCCAGAAGCAGAAGCCAACAGCUGUUCCACCCACAUGGACGGAGGCUGGCAGAGCACAUGGAACCUUCUGUUGGGGCUGA